AUGGCACCACGAUGCCCUGGUUGCGGCCGAGAUGAUCUCACAGUUACGGGUCUCAGUCAGCAUCUUGCCAAGAGCUGCAACACACAUUGUCAAGCGCUGUACCGUCAGUCACGGUUAGAAAUACCUCGAGCCAAUGAAACCGGUCCUCACAACGAGUUGGAGAGGUCUGAUACAGAGGAAGGUUAUGGUGAGAAUGAAUUUACGUGGGCUCCCGAGCAAGUCAGCGAUGGUGAAAGUGACGGCGAAGGCGACGGCGGUGGUGACAGCGAUGGUGGCUCAAAUGAUGGUUUGAUUCUCGAACCUGAAUGGGAGCCUCGGGUCGAAGAGCGAGAGGAUGAUAUAGCUCAUAACGAUGCAUACCAGGAAGAUGAGCACGGCGCUCAAUACGAUGAGCACGUUGCUCACCAGGACAUUCAAGCACAUGCGCAAGGGCAGCACGGAUGUGUGGUUGUGGCUUACCCAGAUCCGCGCGCUGGUCGAAUCAUCAAUCAAGCCAACUGCCGUGCUGCGAAUGUGGAAUAUGGGGCACACCUUUCUAAUGCAGAGAGGGAUAACGUGUAUCAUCCUUUUGCUUCUAAGAUGGAUUGGGAGGUCGCAAGAUGGGCCAAGCUGCGUGGACUCAGUUCAACGUCGUUAUCUGACCUGCUCGCAAUCCAGGGGGUCAGUGAACGCUUAGCGCUCUCGUUCAAGAACGCAAACGAGCUGAAUUCAAUGAUCGAUCACGAACUUCCGACCAGCCGGCCGAAGUCACUGUAUAGUGAUCUGGACUUCGUGCAGUAUCUUUCAUUUGCCCCCGAGCGGCAUUAUACCGAUGAGAAUGAGACUGUUCGUCUCUUUCAUGAUAUGCAAACAGGUAAAUGGUGGUGGGACACGCAGAAAAAACUCGAUCAGUGCCGUCCAGGUGGGACCAUCAUUCCCGUCAUUUUAUCAUCCGACAAAACGCAAGUAACGCUGUUCCGCAACAAGUCUGUCUAUCCGCCGUCGUCUGGUUCCUACAUUCUACUCGCUUACUUGCCAUCAACACGGCUCAAACACAUAACCAACAAAGCUUCACGCCGGCCAACUUCGGCCAACUUAUAUCACGCAUGCUUGAGCCGUAUUCUCGCUCCACUCAAAUCUGUCGGUCUAGAUGGACUGCAUAUGGCUAGUGGAAAUGGUGAUGUCCGCCAUUGUCAUCUAUUAUUUGCCAAUUUCAUUGGCGACUACCCAGAACAACUCCUCGCUACUGGGAUCAAAUUUGGAGAGUGUCCGAAAUGCGAUAUUGACGCUGACGAAAUGGGUAGCAAUACAGUGCCGUUUCACUUACGAAAACUUGGCGAGGUGCUAGAUGCACUCACUGCGUUCGCUGAAGGGAAUCUGCCCUUUGUUCGCACUUGCGCUGCGGCGGGCAUCAAGCCAAUUGUCCAUCCUUUCUGGGAAGAUCUUCCGUUCACUAACAUUUUCCACGCAAUCACUCCAGAUGUCUUACACCAGCUGUAUCAAGGCUUGGUAAAGCACCUCGUAGGAUGGUUGAUGGCUGCUUGUGGAGCCGCCGAAAUUGACGCUCGCUGUCGCUGGCUUCCUCCACAUUCAUCUGUUCAGCAAGGGGAUCACUGGCCUGUCACGCAUAAGCGGGACUGA